CUGAGAAACACGCAGGCUGCCCGUGUGUAACGGCCUCAGUGGACGACAUCUAUUUUGAGCACACCAUUAGAACUGGACAAGUGGUCAACAUAAAAGCCAAGGUGAAUCGUGCCUUCAACUCCAGCAUGGAGGUGGGCAUCCAGGUGACCUCAGAGGACCCCUGCACUGAGAAGCAGUGGAGCGUAUGCAAAGCUCUGGCCACAUUUGUGGCCCAGCGAGACUCUUCCAAGGUAAAGCUAAAACAGAUUUUGCCACUGACAGAGGAGGAAAAGGUAGAGUACAGUGUGGCGGCAGAACGUCGAAGGAUGAGGCUGGUGUACACAGAAACCAUCCAGGACCUACUGGCCAAGAGCAUCAUUCAAGAUGAUCUGGAGAGCAGAGACUGCAGCAGGGUGGUGCCAGCUGAGAAGACCCGAGUGGAGAGUGUGGAGUUGAUUCUGCCCCCCCAUGCCAACCACCAGGGCAAUACCUUUGGUGGCCAAAUCAUGGCCUGGAUGGAGAAUGUGGCCACCAUCGCAGCCAGCCGCCUGUGCCAAGCCUAUCCCACCCUGAAGACAAUCGAGAUGUUCCAUUUUCGAGGCCCAUCCCAGGUCGGGGACCGGCUGGUGCUCAAGGCCAUUGUCAACAAUGCUUUCAAGAACAGCAUGGAGGUGGGGGUGUGCGUGGAAGCUUACCGCCAGGAGAUGGAGUCUUGCCGGCGGCACCUCAACAGCGCCUUCAUGACCUUUGUGGUGUUGGAUGGAGAUGACCAGCCUAUGACCCUGCCCUGGAUUCAGCCACAAGGCAAGGAAGGUGAGCGUCGGUAUAGGGAGGCCAGCGCUAGAAAGAAGAUGAGACUGGACAGGAAGUACAUCGUGUCCUGUAAGCAGGCCGAGGUCCCACUCUCUGUCCCCUGGGACCCAAGUAACCAGGUGUAUCUGAGCUACAACAACGUCUCCUCACUGAAGAUGCUCAUGACCAAGGAUGCCUGGGUCCUUACGUCGGAGAUCAAUAAGAUCAAACUCUACACCUUGGAGGAGGACAAAUUCCUGUCCUUCCAUUUGGAGAUGACUGUCAACACAGAUGCAGCUCAAGCCUUUCUCCUCCUCUCAGACCUGGGCCGCAGGCCCGAGUGGGACAAGCACUACCAGAGCGCAGAGCUGGUGCAGCAGGUAGACGAGGACGACUCGAUCUACCAUGUCCUCAGCCCCAUGCCCGGAGGAGCCGAAGGCAAGCCCCAGGACUUCAUUCUCCUGGCCUCCAGGAGGAAGCCGUGUGACAGCGGGGAGCCUUAUGUCAUCGCCCUAAGGUCAGUCACCCUGCCCACAUACCCCAAGACCCCUGAGUACACCAGAGGAGAGACCCUCUGCUCUGGCUUCUGUCUCUGGAGGGAGGGGGAUCAGCAAACCAAGGUAUCUUACUAUAACCAGGCUACUACCAGUUUACUGAAUUACGUGACGAGCAACGUGGCAGGGCUGUCAUCCGAAUUUAUCACCACCUUCAAGGCCUGUGAGCAGUUUCUCCUGGACAACAAGAGUGAGCUGGCCCUCAGCCUCCAAAACCUUUAGUAGCUCCCUCUGGCCCAACCCAGCACCCUCACCACCGUUCAGCCUCUCCUCAGGCUCAUUCUGUCCUCUUCUACUGCGUGCCAGCCCUUGGAGCACAGGGCUCAGUGGAGUGGAAGGGAGCAGCGGGCUGUGCUGAGCCUUACACCCAAAUCCGUCCCUUCUGACUAGUGAAUUGGUCCCCUGAUGAUGCCUCCUCCCGGGCUGUGCCCUGAGCCAGGCCAUGAAGCUGGCUCACUGCACCAGGGUUGGCUUUCCUGGCCCACUCUUUUCUGACCUCUCUGAUUUUGUCUGUGGCUCAGGCCAUUAGCAAGGCUGUACUUGGUAGGGACUGUGUAGUUUCGGGAUCUCCUAGAAGCCUGGGGGUCCCAACCUAUGCACCUAGCCUCCACUUGGAAGAACACAGAUGGUCAGCUUCCCUGUCCACUUCCCACCAGCUCCAGCUGGUAUCUCAAUAGGUGGGUAUGUGGCAGCCUUGUUUGGGCCAAAUAGAUUGGGCCAAAUAAAGACCCUAGGGACAGGAGAGAUGACAGCGGUGCGGACUUAGGUCCCAGCAGAGGGGCUCCAGACCUUCCACAGGCAGGGCCUGGACUGGAUGGCCAGGCAUAGUCAGUUCUGUUUCAGGACUACUCAAUGGGCCCCUGGGGAGAACACAAAAGGACAGGUCACAUAAGGCCUAAGUCAGGUCUUACUACCCAGAAGUGCCGGAGAGCAGGGGUAUCCCAAAAUGCCUUGGGAUGACUUAGGGAGGAGGGAGGGAGGGAGAGGGCAAUAGGCCCCUGGGGCGGCUUCAGAAGAGUUCCGGUGCCAUGCAUCAUCAGUGGAUCAGCCAUCUGGAUCUGUGUUACUAAGGCAAGGGAAGGAUUGUAAAUACAGUUGUUAAUUUGUAAAACAAUAAAUAGGCACCUCCUCUCUAGGCUUGGGUCUGUCUCUUCAUAUGCCAUCCUCCUGUGCUCCUCCCCAGCCCCACAGCUGCUGCCCCACAGUGGCUGAGAUCAAGCUGCUGGGGGAGGUGGCAGCGGAGGUGGGAUGAGCUGGAAGCCCACCAGCCUAGACCGGGAGGCUAGAAAAUCCCAGAAUCUCUGAGCUGGAAGAGACUUCAGAGCCUGUGCAAUCCAACCCAUACUUGGAUGAGAAUCCCCUCCCACAACUCUCCUGAGAAGUCACCACCAGCCUCUAUGGGAAGAUCUCCAGGGAAGGCGGCCCACCACCUCCCAAGGCCAUUCGUUCCUCUCUGGACAGCUCUAAUUCUCGGGAAGUUUUUUAUUCCUGAUGUCAAACCGAAUGUAACCUCUCUUCAGCUCUUUCCCAUUGCUCCUGGUUUUGCUUGGUUCACAGUAGGAGAUUAAUAAAUGCUUACUGACUGACAUCACUUAAAUGUGCUUCUUUGCAACUCCCACCCAUAGUUCCUUAUUCUGGGGCCAAGCAAAGCAAAUCCAAUCGCUCUUUCAAAUCAGUCAUUUCA